CUCAGACGCCUCCAGCCAUCGGGAUGGGCGCGGCGGGCCCCUGCCCGCAGUCUCGGGAAACCCCACGCGUUCGCGUCACCACGCACGUCGCGCGUCGCGCGCGCUCGCUAGGCCCGACGGGCACGCGCACGCCUGCGAGCUUGCAACUCGCAACGGGCCCGAGCGCGUGUCCGAGCGGCUUAAAGAGGCCGUGUUGCUGUCUGUCCUCCGGGACCGCUGCUUCAGGAGACCCCCCCCGGCGGCCCGGCCCUACGGGGACCGAGCGGGAUGGGGACCGGGGCAGUGGGCCCUCGGAGACGGGACGGGGCGGGGGGAACACUGGCGCGGAGCCCUCCGGGGACAGCGUAAGGCUUGAUGUCCUCAGAAGCCUCCAGAACGUCCAUGGAAGCCGCCCCUGCGCCCACCGCCUCCUGCUGUCUUUCCAGCUGAGCUCCGGCUGCCCUUCACCCCCGGCUUCUGCACUCUGCUCCUCCCCAGCCAGCGCCCUGCUCUUCCACCCGCCUGGGCCUUCAUCCCCUCCGAGCUCCCCUUCCACACCAAACCUGGCGUCCGUUUUCCUCCAGGCCUGCACCAGCACAGUGGAAAGGGAGAAAGACCCAGCCUCAUCCCCUGCGCCUCCCCUCAACCAGGGCCACAACCUCAAGGGGCCACGCCACCCCACCCCCAACGCCUAUUUCCCACCUACUCUCUCCACACCCUGGGAUACCACCCGCCUCUCUCAACUGGCGUUUUGCUUCUCAUUUUGCGUGCAUGACGCUUGUGUGAGAAAGCGGUCCGCCGCCUGCCCUCCCUGCCACGCGCUUCCCCCCUCCGGGGAGCCUCCACCAGACAGGGAACCCAUGCCUUCCCACCCUUCUGUCUCCCUCCCACUUCACUUGUCCGCGGCAUUCCCGGAGGCCUUUAUUUCUGGCACUGGAUGCUCCAGGGUCCUGUCGUAUUCUCCCUGCCCCAGCCUGAACCCAGCUAUUUCUGCUGGCAACCUGGUUCAUUGUGGGAGAAUGUCGUGCAGAGCCCAGGAUGGGGUCCCGGGUGUGCUCAUUGCUGCUGGGGUGUCCUUGCAGCUGGUGGAGCAAGAGAGCACAUCUAUGUACAUGCUCCCACACAUACGUAUACACACAGUUUCAUGGGUGUUUUUGUCUAUGAUUUUCUUGGGCGCCACACAUUUACUCUGAUGCCAGGCCGCCACUGCAGGGCUCAACCUGUUCCGAAUGAGGGGCAUCCUGCUUUGAGAGUGAGGAACCCGGCUCUGAUUAUCUCCUGUGUAACCAGUCUCUCAUCCUCUCUUCCACCCCACUGUAUGCUACCCACUCCUCACCCUCUGUGGCCUCUGACCUCCACUGGGCCACCGAGGUGCCAUCCCCACAGGGGCACCUGCCUACCUAGCACAGUUGAGCAAGGACUGAAUUCCCAGUGAAAUGUUUUGAAUUUUUAUUUUAUUUAUUUAUUUUGGGGGUUUUUUGGGAGUUUUUUUUUUUUUU